CGUCAGCAGAUAUCCACCCAUUUCAGGAGCGGAGGGAUGUCCUGCAAACGUUAAGCGACUGAGCUCUCUGUCAGGCCCGUUUCAGACGUGGUGACCUAGGACUAGGGGCAGUAACAGGAAUAUCCUCCUGAGUCAGUGCCACGACGCUGACACACCGCACUCCCCAGCAGGGCUUCCUCCGCUCCCAUAACAAGCAUCCUAUGCUAUUCUGCUCAAGAUGGCGGUGCAGGCAGCAGAAAAGGACGGAAUAGUGUUGAAGAAUGUGGAAGACGACCAUCUGAACGACUCGCUGGGGAACCCCGGCCUCAUCUCACCUGACAAGGAGGAUUUGUCACGUCUGCUGACGGUGCCAUUCAGCGGGCGCAUCCGGGGCGGCAUGCGGCCAGGAAAGAAGAUCAUAGUGAUGGGCAUUGUCGACCUGGAGCCAGACAGCUUUGAUGUGAGUCUGACCUGCGGCCGUGACUCAGAGAAGGAGGAACAUCCGUAUGAUGUGGCCCUGAAACUCACCGUCCGCUUCACUGACCGCCAGUUUAUGCGCAGCGCCCGCAUCUCUGGGAAAUGGAUAGGGGAGGAGGCAUCCACCUCCUACUUUCCCUUCAUCCCCGAUCAGCCCUUUAGGAUUGAAAUCCACUGCGAGCACCAGAGGUUCCGGAUAUUCGUGGACGGACACCAGCUCUUUGACUUUUAUCACAAAGUAAAAUCUUUGCCCUCUAUCGACACAGUACGGAUACAAGGAGACCUACAGAUCACCAAGCUCGGUUAACGCCCCACUCUUCCUGCUCUGCAAGUCGUGUGUGAAGCAAGGACUUGACCACAGAUGAUCCCACACACAUACGCCAUCAUCCAUAACCCAUCAUGCAACACUGCAACAGCAUAACAACUGGAAACAGGCUCCGGCGGAGACAAGUUAGAGUUCUUCUGCUAAAUUUAAUGCACGUCUUUCCUUUCCUUUCUAUUUAACAUGGAUCUGAUAUGACGAUGCUUUGAGGGUGAAUGUCUUUGCUCCAUUUUCAGGUUUUUCUCUUUGUAGCCCCAGUUUUGUCAGAUCAGGGAUCUCACAGCUUAUUAAUAGUGCUUUCAUUUUUUAUGUUCAAUCCUUUAUUGAUGCUGAGAUGGAGGCAGGUGUGGAGUUCUUUCAAGGAUGGAGCAUUUACUCAGAUGUUACAGAAACCAGUUACUCAGGAAAAAACAUAUCUGGUACUUAGCAGCUAAUAUGAAAGCAAACUGUUGCUUAUGGGUCAAAAUCUUCAAAUUUGGUGGCUGAUUAUAAAUGUUUUAUAUAAUCAGUCAUUUUAUAAAUUCUGCAUCUCGUCAGCAUAUAGAAACCUUUUGGGUAAACUGGAAACAUGCAUGCGUAUAAAGCUAAAAAGAGACGUGACGGCAGAGAUUUUCACCAGUGACAAACAUGCUGUAAAAUUCCUCCAGUAUUGGACCUGAGCAGCGUCUUCAAACUAAGCCUCGACUAAUUCCCAAAAGGGCAGAAACAUGAUUUUCAUAGCAGAUAAAACUGGUUGAAAGCAGAAUGUCACCGGUAGUUUGACGCUUUCAGAUUUGAUUUCACUCAACCCAGCUGGAUGUGUAUUUGUUGUUUUACUUAUCCUCUGAAACUCAAUUUUCUGACCACAGUAGUGCGCCGUGUUUUCAAUGUGCUGAUGUAUCUCCAGCUCCUGCCCCUCUCUUGGAUUUAUCCCAGUUGUUGUGAUAACACGCUGCAGUGUCACACCGACCUAAAUACCCACAAAUGAGGAUUAUAUCAUGACAACAUGGAUCUGAAAGUGCUGUCCACUGCAUGUGUCACUGCAGAAAGUCUAGAAAUGCCUGUGUGGUGGACAGGAAGUAGAAUUUGCAACUGGACUCUGCUCUCUGCUGUCACACUCACAGAACACAUUUAUUUCAUGCAAAGGUUCUGAAUUGUACACUAAACCAAUAUGCAAUUUAUUCUCAUAAAAAAGCACUCGCUUCAGUACAUACUCAGAAGAAACUGUGCUGUCAAAGUGUGCAAACUAAACUCAAACUGAAGUCUCCAGUCGCAUUCGAUGGUCAGUUGGUUGUUUGGAAGCAAGAUUGGAUCCUGAUGGUAGUUUGAAUGUAUAGUAUUCAUGUUUCUUUAGUAGCAUAGAAGAUAAAGUGAUGCACAAAACUAUUACUUAAUGUCACUGUUAUUUGGUGGUAUGGCUGGUGCUGUUAUAGUCCAUUUGCAGUCCUACAGUAUGUGUUUUAUGGCUUUGUAAGUGUUUCCUGAAUCAUUCCACAUCAGUGUCUCGACACAGAUAGAUGAGAUAAAGCAUCCUUGUUUAAUGCAGCCAGCAGGUUUUUACAAGUCUAACAAAUACAAUUGUAUCCUAAAUGCAUUACAUGGUUUUGUCUCCAUAAGGUGACGUCUUUUCCUUCACUGAGGCAGAAAGGAUGCUAUAAGUAAUAAUAGACGUUAUCUUCAAAGCAAAACUCGAAGUAUUAAAAGUAUUAUGUCUUGAGGUGCUCUGUUCACACCCGUAUCAAAAUUCACUAUGCUCUGUAAAGUUAAACAUGUGCAGUAGAACUAGAGGAAUCUCACUGCGUAGAUUUCUAAUAAAGCGGUUAUAAGAUGUUUCUUAUGGCAUUAUUAAUGAAUAAUAAAUCAUUUACUAAUGCUUUAAUAGAUCAGUUGUAAGCCAUUAAUAAUGAAAACUUUUUGUUUUCCAGGUUUUUCUUUUUUUUUCAGUUAUUAAUGUUGGUAAACUAUCUAAUAAACCAUCAGUUCUGCAGUUAUAAAUGUUAAUACAUUUGAGCAGCAGAAGCAAAACGUAGUUAUUGGUAGAACGUUUCACAAGGCUACACACACGUACCAUUAAGAUAUAUGUUUACAGUUGCUCUUUACGAGCUAAUGAAGGUUUUCCCAUCAUGUCUUGCUGCUGUGAAUCGGGAGUAAGCCAUGACAUCUGUGCAGAACAGCUGCACUGACUUCACUGCAUUGCUCACACUAAUGAAGCUUCCUGCGAGAUUUCUGAGAAAACUUUGAGCAAACCUUUUUUGUUUAACAUCUCAUUACUGUCUGUGCACAGUUGGCUACAGCUGUGUGCAGCAUCCAUCACAGAGAGGCUGUUUUCCAUACGUGCAUGCACUGAGUACUUAUUAGCUCCGUUCGCGUAGCAAUAAGGUCGCUGCUCCAAGACGGACUGGCUGUGGAGCAGAACUUUCUUUUCCCCCCCUGGUUGGUCGGACAGUGUCUUCCUUAGUUCCUCAGUUUGGCUUAGGCAAGCGCUGGGUUAUUUCGGACACAAACAGGAAACGAGUGCGUUUUGGUAUGAGUGGGCAGUGAGAAGGGCAGUUUGAAAGGGUGUGAGCAUCAUUACUCCAGUAUUGCAACAGAACAAAUGUGUACAAAUAAUGUGACAUUGUGUUGACAGGAUGUGUUUUUGGAUACUGUUUUUGUGUUCUUUCUAUUAACUGGUGAACAUCCCUUAAACUACACUUUUCUGUAUGUUAACAUACACCAAGUAGAAGAAGAAGAAGAAUAUAACCAUAACUCAGCCACAUGUUUUGUGGCUGUGGAAACAAGAUGUGUGUUAAAGUGUAAUACAGGUUCACGGUUUUGGCUCCCUGGCUGUCGCAGGCGGAGCCGAGCUGGCAGCAGCUAACAGCAUCAACAGUGGUAUUGCUGUUGCUAGGAAUUAUGGGGGAGGGAGAUGAACAAUUCAAGACUUCCUGAAUUAAAGGGCUCGAACAUGGGGUGUGUGUGUGUGUGUGUGUGUGUGUAUGUGUGUGUGUUUUGCUCAACAUGGAACAGUUUAACUCUGCAUUUGCUAAUUGUUCAUGGGACUGUGGUUGGUUUUCCAGCUGUGUACGAGCGCGGUGUGUUUUUCCCAUUAGGUUUUCUGCACAGGUUAGGUGCAGUGCAGGUACAUGAUAAGCUUGUGGUACUUGGGCUUGUACUUAUGUUGUACUGUUGCACUUUAAAACAAAAAUUAGGUUGUUGGUGUCCACUUCAGGGACUCACAACUGCUUAGUAUCACAGUAAGAAAACAUGUGCAUAGAAAACCUUGACCUAUAUUGUGUUUAUAGUGUCCCAGUUUCUGAUCUCCUAAUGAUCCCAUGUCUUUUGAAUAACAAGCCUAGGACAUAAUAAUUGUUGCUCAUAACUAUAUUAAUUGUUCUUCAACCCUUUUGCAACUGAAAAACUGAAUGUUAUUCUCUUCCUGAUUGUAAUCUGAUGGUAAAUACCCAGGUAACUAAAUACUUCAUGUUGAAAAGGGUGAAAUAGACCCACCCUUAUACGCUCAGUUAGAAACUGUGGGCUUCUGACGCAAGAGAAACAUUUUUUGACCCAGGUCUGUAUCUUACCCUGCUUCUGGACUUUGGAUGUACAUAUUUAUGAACGCAACUGCGUUUUUACAUGAGGAAUACUAAGCUGAGUUAACAAGCAGAAAGCAUUUUUUUUUUGUGCAUGUAAGCUAGUACCUGGCAUUUUAAAUGAAAGAUUGAGGUAUUGCCAGUUUUUACUCCAGUCAAGCAUGCUCUUUCUUUUUUUGUCUGCCAUCUAGUGUAUCAGCCGUGUUUCGGGGAUAGAUUUCCCUUUGUGAUUGCAUUUUUUUUUUACUUUGACCUGUUAGUACUUACCAAAUUACAGUCUUUGAACACUGCUGACAAGAUUGUGGCAUUUCCCCCCAGAACUUUAAACAAGUAGAAGAACACAAUGAUUUUCUAAAAGAAGUGCUAAAACUUGUAUGACUGUUGUAAGAACAGCUACAUCAUGAUGUCCAUUUACAGUAUGAUGAUGUGUCCUCUGAGUAGAUGUAGGCUGAUCUGUUGCUAAUGUAUUGUGUGGUUGUACAAUCAUGUUAUCAUUUCUAUUUAUUACUGUGUAACCAGCAGGGUUGUGUGUGUGGUAACGUCAUACCUACUGUAUUGGUAAUGUACUUUUUUUUUUUUUUUUUUUUUGCUGUUUAUAUGAAGGCGUCUUUGAAAAGUUGAGUUUUUUACAAUGAUGAAAGUAUUUCUUUGGAUCUGGGCUCUGACAUGUGCAAAUAUUUCGUAUUGUACUUUCCUGUAUAACACAAGGAAAUGUGUGAAACGAGGAUUGGAUCAAAGAUAAUUUUCUUUUAACUGCAAAACAAGGUUAAGCAUCAUUUUGACACAAGCGUUUUAUUUCCGGGAUGUGCCAAGUCUGAGGAUCACCAGGGCGUUGUUGCUGUUGUGACUUUGAUCUUCUGAGAGUCUUUCAUGUUACCAGGCAUCAUGUUGGGCCUCUCUGUUGGCUGUUUUUCAGCUGAGCAGCUUUCUGUUUGCCACAAAAAGCUACUCCACAAAACAAAAGCAGAAGGAGCACUUGUAUUUACACGAUUCCCAAAAUAUCCUGAGAAUUACCCUGAUUUUGUGUCUGAUUGAGGAUAUGCACUCGACCAGUGUUAAGAUGAAGACAGCACAUUCUACCGUUGUGUUAGACCUCUCCAAAUGAUUUUUUCCCCUCCUCAUGCUUUUGUAAAAACAGCUACUUUGCAAAUCCAAUAAACUUCUCAUCUUGGAAUGUG